GCUCGCCCCACCCUCGCUGGGAGCCGCAACUGAGGCGCAUGCGCCACCAGGUCUGGACUGGUCCACUUUUGGGUGCUGUGCGGGGAGGGGCGGCGAGUCCACUGGCGCACGGCAGUGUCAAAACAACAAACUGAACCAGAAAACCAGAUAUUGUCCCUGAGGCUAAUAGUAUUUAACAACCUUAUCCACUAAGAAGAAUGACGCGGGGGCUCCAGGCAUUUCGCUCCUUUCUCUCUCCCUCUAUGCGAUCCCCUGUACGAAGAGUACGGUCCAAAGUUUGACCACCGGUGGGCGGGGCCCUGAAAGCGGCGGGAACUGCAAUUGGUAGAUUUGAAGGUGCAGCGGGCGGGAACAGCUGCUGAGGAGUGACAUGGCUGGAGAUUUGAGCCGGUAGGAGAUCACUGGCGGCAUGGGAUCGGAGCUCAGACGGUGGUGGGAGCCUAGAGGAAGCCAGAUCGCAAGCCUUUGGGACUCUUUAUUGACCACUUGCUGAAGAGAUGGAUGAGACUGUUGCUGAGUUUAUCAAGAGGCUCUUCUUGAAAAUUCCAAUGACUGAAAUGAUGACAAUCCUAAAAGCCUGGGACUUUUUGUCUGAGAGUCAACUGCAGACGGUAAACUUCCGGCAGAGAAAAGAGCCUCUUGUUCAGGAAUUGGUUCUGCUUUGUGAGGAGAAGUGUGCAAGUCUCAAUGAUGCGGCCCUUUUAGACAUCAUUUAUACUCAGGUUCAUCGGCACCAGAAACUUUGGGAUGUUUUUAAAAUGAAUAAAGGACCAGGUGAAGACAUUGACCUUUUUGAUAUAGAACAGUUCAAAAGUUCAUUUACAAAAAUUCUUCGGAAAGCGUUAAAAAAUGUGACAGUCAGCUUCAGAGACGCUGAGGAGAAUGCAGUGUGGAUUCGAAUUGCCUGGGGAACACAUCACACAAAGCCAAACCAGUAUAAAGCUACUUAUGUGGUAUAUUAUCCCCAGACCCCGUAUGUGUUCAUGUCUUUGUCCAGGCUGAAGAGGAAUACACCACUGCUGGAUCAGGCACUGAUGAUUGCUAGCAAACACCAUCAGAUUGUGAAAAUGGACCUCAGGAGCCGAUAUCUGGACUCCCUUAAGGCUAUUGUUUUUAAACAGUACAAUCAGGUCUUUGAAACUCAUGAUUCUGCUGCACCUCUACAGGAAACAAGCCUGUGGCUACAUACAAAUAUGGACUUAAGAGUCAUUCACGAAAACAAAGUAGAAAAAGAGAGAGUCCAAAGAGUGACGCAAGAAACAUUUGGAGACUGCCCACAACCAAGACUAGAAUUUGCACAAUACAAGCUUGAGACGAAGUUCAAAAGUAACUUAAAUGGGGGCAUCUUGGCUGAUAGGGAAGAACCCCUUAGAUGCCUGAUAAAGUUCUCCAGUCCACAUCUUCUGGAAGCCCUGAAAUCCUUAGCACCAGCUGGUAUUGCAGAUGCGCCACUUUCUCCAUUGCUCACUUGCAUUCCCAACAAGGGAAUGAAUUAUUUUAAAAUUAAAGAUAAAUGAGAUUUAUCUGGUUUUGCAAGCACAGGAGCCCCUUGACUAUAAUGCACAUGCUUUUUAAUUAAUGGCUGACUGGAUCGCUUCUUUCUAUAAAUUGUAUUUUAGAAAUUAGUCCUUGGUAUUGGAAUUUUAGAAAUGUUCAUAUAGCUGUUGAGAUUCAUUCUCCCUUUCUCCCCCUCCUCAUCCUGAAGAGUAUAGCAAAUGUGGGUAUUUGAGAUGUGAAGGGAUAAAUAUAUAUAUAUGGCUCCAGACUUGACCUUAUGAUGCCUGACUACUCUGAAAUCAAGCAGACAUGGCACACUGGUUGAGCCUGCUGAGCAUCCACCCUAGUGUCAUUUUCUCCAUCCUGUCCUCAGUCUUGAGGAGAUCUGGUUCUAACUGCUGACUUUCAGAAAUUUUCUCUUAAGCUGUGGAUUACAGAAAGUAGCACCAAGAAACCACAGCCAACUCAAACUUUCUAGGGGAAACAUAAAACUGGUCCAUUCCAAGAGUAGAGCUGGGUCUAUUACAUUAUCACUGGAGGAGGCAGCAUAUCAAAUAAUUCAGUUGUAUAAAAUGAUGGUUUCCUUGUAACUGUACUUCGUGUAACCUGUUUUAUCAUAUAUAUGACAUUCAGACUGACUGAUAUUAUACUGAUUUGUAAAUAAAGAUAUUUAAAAACUGGUCCAUGAGUUAGUUUUGAUGGAACUCCUUCAGUGAUCAACACUAAAUAGCACGUGUUUUUAUAACAAUUCUUUUCUUUUUUAUUGUGUUUUAGGUGAAAGUUUACAGCUCAAGUUAGUUUCUCAUACAAAAAUUUAUACACACAUUGUUAUGUGACCCUAGUUGCUAUCCCUAUAAUGUGACCACACAUUCCUCCUUUCUACUCCGGAUUUCCCAUGUCCGUUCAACCAGCUCCCAUCCCUUCCUGCCUUCUCAUCUCACCUCUGGAUAGGAGCUGCCCAUUUUGUCUCGUGUAUCUACUUGAACUAAGAAGCACACUGUUCAAGAGUAUCAUUUUAUAUCUUAUAGUCCAGUCUAUUCUUUGUCUGAAGAGUUGGCUUCAGGAAUGGUUUUAGUUCUGGGUUAACAAAGAGUCCAAGGACUGUGCCUUCUGGGGCUCCUCCAGUUUCAGUCAGACCAUUAAGUCUGGACUUUUUACUAGAAUUUGAGUUUUGCACUGCACUUUUCUCUUGCUCUGUCAGGGACUCUUUGUUGUGUCCCCUGUAAGGGCAGUCAUUGGUGGUAGCUGGGCACCAUCUAGUUCUUCUGGUCUCAGGCUGAUGGGAGUCUCUGGUUUAUGUGGCCCAUUUUGACUUUUGGGCUAAUAUAAUAAUAAUUACCUUUAAAAAAAUUUAUUCCCUGUCUUGUUCCAAAAGCAUUUGAGGUUAUAAAAACAUGUUACAAUUAUGGCACAAUUAAAAGGUAAGGGAAUCUGGGCAAAUGGGAGGAGAAACAAAGAAGAGGGGAACAAAAUGAAGUUAGAGAUAAGAUAACUACGCAAGAACAUACAAGUGAAUCCUCACCUACUAGAAGAUCAGACAUUUGGCUUGGAAUUUGCCAGUGGCCAAAGCAGAGAAGUAAACACCAAUUAAAAAAUCCCUAGUACCUACAAGACAAACACAUCACCUGUGCUGGUCAGUGAAAGAUACCAACACUCUACACUGCACUGAAGCCUUCCUAACCCCUCUCCAAGGAGCCUGGUGGCGCAGUGAUUAAG